AAGAAAAGAAGGCGGAAGGAGAAGAAGAAGAAGACCUGCACCAAAUAUGGCGACUGCCACAGGACAAAAUGGAAAUGCUAUUGGUUCCUCUGAUGUGGAUCUUUUAUUGCACCCUGAGUUGCUUUCUCGAGACUUUAUGCAGUUAAUUUUAAGUGAGAGAAAUGUUAGGACCAGAGACUGUGGAAGUAGGGACCGGCUCACAGAGUUGUACCUCCGGCAUGUCAUCCCGCUGCCGCAAAGAACUUUACCAAACAGCCGCUGGGGACGGAGGAUGGAGAAGAUCAGAGGAAGACAGACACCGACUGGGCACAAGACAGAAAGCUUCACUAAUGACCACAAGAGGAAAAGGCCUCCAAUCGUGUUUGAUGGGAGUUCUUCUCACUCUGGCCUGCUAAAAGUGAAGAAACCAGAGGGUACAACAGCCUCAACAGGAACUGCUGACAGGUUAAAACCUCCUCCUGCUGCCAGUCUGUCCAACCCCAUACGAAGGCUCUCAGGCAAUUCGUCAUCUUCUUCCUUAUCCACGCAUUGCAAUACAAACUCAGCAAACCUCAAACGAGAAGCAAACUCUUCGGCUGCCUUGAAAUCUCCAGAAGUGAAGAGAAAGAUCCAGCAUGUGACAUGGCCCUGACCUCUGAUCAUCUCUCCUCUCUCCUCCCUUUCACUAACCUGUUGGAAGCUCCCUGCAUUGGCAGCCUUCAUCACAGUUUUCCAACUAAAUGAUUCUCAGAAACCCUCUAAGUUGUGUAACAAGGCCACCUCAAUGCGCCUGUUCACCUGUGUGGGCUGACCUGGUGCAGUGGUGUUCAGGAGAUCAGCUGGUUGAAGUCAUGAGCUUCCUUGUAAGUUUUCACAACCUCAAGUGCCCUUGCCAUCAUCAUGAUCAGCAUCUCCCAUCUCCUUUUAAAGGGGAAAAGUGAGAUGAGAUGACUUAGUUCCCUAACAUCUCUGUUCAUGUCUGGGUUAAUGUGGAACAGCCCUAGGUACAGGGGGGCUGAUUGAAUUAUGUUUUGUUGGCUAAGUGUGUGUUGUUUUUUUUAAUAAGUGCUAAAGAUGGUGAUGAACAUACCAAGAAGGACAUGAGACAGAUCAUCCUUAUCAUAACGUUGGAGAAGUUUGAUGUACGCUUAACAUUUUUCAACUAGUAUCUUGUAGUAAUCAGUCGAUUCAUCAUAUUUGUUUUCCAUUGCAGGAAGAUCUGGAUUUUAUUCAACACUAUUUCAUACAUUUUUCAAAAUUUUCAGGGUUUUUAAUUUUUAGUUUGAUGUGAUGUACAUGUUGCAAUUAACGUGGAUACACAUACUUACUAACUUGACAGUUUGACACAAAAGAUGUG